AUGUACGUCACAAUGAUGAUGACAGACCAGAUUCCACUGGACUUGGCUCCGCCCCCCCUCCUGAACGGGGAGGUCCCUCUCAUGCCUCACAUGGUUAACGGUGAUGCAGCUCAGCAGGUGAUAGUGGUGCAGGUGAACCCAGGGGAGACGUUUACCAUCCGGGCGGAGGAUGGCUCACUGCAAUGCAUCCAGGGUCCUGCUGAAGUACCCAUGAUGUCCCCUAAUGGUUCAAUUCCCCCCAUCCACGUUCCUCCUGGAUACAUUUCACAGGUGCUUGAGGAUACCACUGGAGUCCGCCGAGUGGUGGUGACCCCCCAGUCUCCAGAGUGCUACCCUCCCUCUUACUCUCCGGCUCUGUCCCCCACACACCACCUGCCCCCUUACCUGGCUCACCCUCACUUCAUCCCCAACUCCCACUCUUUCUAUCCCCCUGUCAGCCCAGGGGAGAUGCCUCCCCACCAGUACUACCAGCACCACCUUCCCCCCAUGUACGGCGACCCAGAAAUCAUCCCAGUUUAUGGGAUGUCUAGCUACAUUGGCAGAGAAGAGACGUACGGUAAACCACAGCCUAAAAAGAUAAAGGAACCGAGACAGAACCGACUCAAUUCUCCCCCCUCCACCCUCUACAAGAGCGGUGUGGGCUCAGCACACAAUGGAUACAGUAACAAAUCGCACACCCCAUCACUUGGGUCAGCGGGGUCGGGUGGCGGACUCAGCAGUCCAGGGGGCAAGAAGCAAGAAAGACGACUCCGCAGCAGUCCACGAAACAGUGAGCCAGAGACACACGCACAAGAUCAUGACUCAGAAGGGAAACGUGUUCAAGACAUGCUGUCUACAAUCGACAAACCACAGGUGUCCAAUGUUCAGGCGCGGGCUGCUCGGCUGUCCUGGGCCCCUCCAGCUGGGCUGGUAAACAGGCAUAACAACGGGAUGCCUGUGUCUUGCUCCUAUGAAGUCUCUCUUUCAGAUAAGGGAAAGGACGGAAAGUAUCGCCUUAUAUACAGUGGUGAGGAAUUAGAAUACCACCUGAAAGAUCUUCGGCCAGCCACAGACUACCACGUACGGGUUUCUGCAAUGUACAACUCGUUUCGAGGUUCGUCUUCAGAGGCGGGCUCAUUCACGACACACUGCAGCGUUCCUGAUGUCCCGUUACCUCCAAAACUCUCCCACCGCACCAAGAGCACUCUCAGUCUACAGUGGAAGCCCCCUGGCGACAACGGAUCCAAAAUUACAAACUACCUGCUGGAGUGGGAUGAGGGAAAGAAGAACAGUGUUUUCAGAGAAUGUUACUUUGGGAGCCAGAGACACUGUAAACUGACCCGGCUGUUCCCCGCCUGUGGAUACACGUUCAGAGUGGCCGCGCAUAAUGACAUUGGCACGAGUGGCUUCAGUACGGAGGUGGUGUUUUACACCAUGGGCACCCAGCCUGCUCUGCCGCUGGCACCACGGCUGGUCAGAGCAGGGGUGUCCUGGGUGACUCUAGAGUGGGGGCGUCCUGAGGGCAGCCCCAACGAGGAGCAGCUCAAAUAUACUCUCGAGAUCCAGGAAGACAACAGCGGAACAGACUUUCACCCAAAGUACACUGGAGAAAACUUGACCUGUACUGUACAAGGCCUGAAGAGAAGUACGCAGUAUAAAUUUAGGCUCAUAGCAUCGAACACAGAGGGAAAGAGCAGUCCCAGUGAAGUGUUGGUGUGCACCACAAAUCCAGAUAAACCAGGCCCUCCAUCUACCCCCUGCGUCACCGGAGCAACAUCCUACAGCUUUACUGUCACAUGGGAUCCUCCACAGGACAACGGGGGAUCUGAGGCGCUUACGUACCUGUUAGAGAUCUCAGAGGGCUGCUCUGAAGAGAGCCAGUGGGAGGUGGCCUACAGUGGCCCAGCAACAGAAUGUGUGUGUGAGCGGCUGACACCUGGGACCUUCUACUGCCUACGUGUAUGCAGCAUCACCACCGGAGGGCACAGCCCGUGCACUGUUAGUGUCCCAGUCCGUACAUUAAGUGUGCCGCCAGGACCGUGCCAGCCGCCAAGGAUUGUGGGUAAAGCCAAACACAAGGAAGUGCAGUUAGAAUGGGACUCCCUUGUCUCUGAGGGAGUGUGUGAAGAGUGUGUGUACAGUCUGGAGAUGAGUGAAGGAGACACCAAGCCAGCAGAGGUGUACAACGGCCCUGAUCUGCAGUGCACUGUCGCUAGUCUGCUACCCGGUGCGACGUACAGCUUCCGACUCAGGGCUGCCAACGAGGCUGGGUUUGGGAUGUUCUCGGAGCCGACAGAGGUGACGACGGCAGCGGGACCUCCGGGCCAGUGUGGGGCACCCCUCAUCACUCUCACGAGUAACACCUGUGUAACGCUCAAUUGGGAGAGCCCUGAAGGUUCAGGUACAGACAUCUCUGAGUACAGAUUGGAAUGGGCGAGGGAAGACGAAUCCAUGGAGCUCAUCUACUGUGGCUCUGCCACACAGUGUGAACUGUCAGACCUCACGCCUGCCACCGAUUACUGCUGCAGGCUACAGGCGGUGAACCAGGCGGGUGCUGGUCCAUACAGCGACAAGGUGAGUUUCCGCACCCCAGCGACCAACCCGGACCAGGUCUCGUCCCUCACCCUCCUUGACCUCCCGACCUACCCGGAGAUGGGCCACUCCCCAUCCACCUGCCUCCUCCUGAAGUGGGAGGAGCCAAACAGCAACGGAGCAGAAAUCACCUCUUACGUCAUCUCCCUGGACGACCUAACCAUCAGCGUGGAAUCGGGGACAACCCACCUUGUCACAGGCCUGCAGCCAGACAACGAAUACAGUGUGCAGAUCCAAGCGGUGAAUGUCAUCGGCUCCAGUCCCUUGAGUCAGCCGCUGCUGGUGAGGACACGCCCCCUCCCUCCAGCCCCGCCGCCGCUCGAAUGUGCAGCGGCCGGCCCUCAGAGCCUGAAGCUCAAGUGGGGCGAGAACGCUGGACACACACGCACACUGCUUGCUGAUGAGAUGGUCUACACACUACAAAUGGAAGACAAGAACCACAGGUUUGUCACAAUCUACCGUGGCCCCAGCCACACUUACAAGGUCCAGCGACUGAUCGAGUCCAGCAGCUACAGCUUCAGAAUACAGGCCAUCAGCGACGCCGGGGAGGGCCCUUUUUCAGACACCUACACAUUCAGCACCACUAAAUCUGUGCCCCCUGCCCUCAAAGCCCCCAGGGUGCACCAGCUGGAGGGGAACGUGUGUGAAAUCACAUGGGAGACCAUCCCGCCAAUGAGAGGAGAUCCUGUGACUUAUGUGGUCCAAGUCCUGGUGGGACGGGAGUCAGAAUACAAACAGGUUUUUAAGGGAGAAGAGGGCUCAUUCCAAAUCUCUGGUCUCCAGGGAAACACAGACUAUCGUUUCCGCGUAGGUGCCUGCCGCCGUUGCCAGGAUACGUGUCAGGAGCUGUGCGGACCUCUGAGCCCGUCAUCCUUGUUCACCUUACGUCGCCAGGAGGCAGCGUCAUCAGGAGAGCAGUUAGCAAUGGAGACGGGCAAAGGGGUGGGGCUUAUUUCAAGCGACGAGCGUUUUGCGGCUCUGAUCGUGUGCGUGUUCGCGGGCCUCUCCAUCCUCAUCGCCUGCUUGCUGCAGUACUUCUUCAUGAAGUGAGGGAAUUUAAACUAUAGGAUAGAAAGAGAAAACAAAAUCACAGAAAAAAAAAAACUUUUUAAAAAUGUCUAUGAAAGAACAGAAUGAAAUCAAAACAAACACUUGAGAUGUACUUUUUAAGGUGAUGUAUGUUCUUCUCUUUUUUUUCCCCUAGUCAAAGUUUCGAUUCAGGCUUUUCCUGUUGUCUUCUGCCCACAUUCAGUUUGGUCUAACUUCCUUCAACUUCUCUGUUGUCUGUAUCGGUGUCUCUGUCAGUUAAGAAUUUCCGUCGGGGGGAAGCCUGAUCUCGGCUGUCCUCUUGCUUUGGGAAAGAAAACUAAUAAUCAAGCCUUAAAAUAACUGUAAGCAGAUCACUUGCUCCUCUGACUGACUUGCAUGUUUUUACUUUUUAUCAUUUUAAAACAUAUUCAGUAGAGAACGUGUAUAUUUCGUGACAGUCAUCGCAUUAUUUUUCCUUUGUUUUUUUCAGUGUUUAGUUUGCUUUUUUUUUAACGCAUUGCAGUGUGCGUUCGUUCAGCCAUAAACAAAUGUAAGCCUUCGAAGCUUUAGCUGUUCCUACUUACUCAGUUUGUUUCGACUCUACAGCCUGUCAGUCAGCUCAUGCAGUCUGCAACUGCUCUCUCGUUCAGAUGGACAAAGACAGUCUGCAGACCUUCAUACAUAACCAUGCACAUGUGCACCGUUACUCUUGCAAUGACAAUGAGAAAAAAAAAAAACACUUCCUCCGAAAAAGUCAGUCGCAUAUCUGCUCAGCUUUUACCAUUCAAUCACUCACUUAUUCAGUUACCAAAGUGAUGCAAUCCAUGUGUGGUGUAAGAUGCUGCUAUCCUGUGAUUUUAUUAUAUCUAAGAAAGAAUGGAAAACGGUAGUCUAAUAUAUACAUAUAUACAAUAUAUGUAUUUUAUAGCAAAUAUCUAUUAUGCUAUAAAGUGAUGUAAUAUAAGUGAUGGCAAUGUAAAGUCUGAAGUACAGCAUAAAGCGGGAGGAGAGAACAGAAAUGCUCAUAAAUCGCAGCUCUGAGGUCAUUUCAGCAGCUCAUGCAGAAGGUUAGAGAACGCUGCUUUUUAUCAGAAUCUCAAACCCCUUGUGUUUGAUUGUAUUGUGGGUAAAAAAAAAAAUGGCUUUAGGAAAACCAUGCUGGAAUUGUGAUUUGCUGCAACUGUUUAUUUUAAAGAGGACUUGACCGGACCUGUAUGUGGUCUCCGUUCAAGCCCUCCAUCUUUAACCACCUCCAACACCGUUGCUCCAGCCAAUUUAACCGUAGCUUUAGUUGUAAUAUGCCGGAGGUUUCAUGCAACCAGAGGUGCUAACGGCCUGCCAGCUACCCGCCUCUCUCAGACCAAAAGCCAUUAGGAGUUAGCUUGAGCUUUACCCUCUGCAAUUUAGCCAGCUGCCAGCCAGAGCAGUACUAAAACCGUUCCUCCUUCCAGCUUGUCUGUGAAUCGAUGCGUUUGAAGACUCUUCCCCUCUUUCUCAUCUCCUGCCCAUAAAUAUCUGUAAUUACCUUUCUGCUCUGGCUCCUUCUCCCUUGUUUUCAUUGUAGCACAGCUAUUUCUGUCCGUGCACUACUCUCUCUUUUCUUCCCUUCCUCUCCCUCUCUUUAUUGAAAAGGUGCUUUAUUGACAUAUAAUCAGAGCAGUAGAAAGUCUGUGAUCUCUACUCAGACGGACAUGUUCUCUGAGAACUUGAACUAAUGUUCGCUAACCAAACAAGCCUUUGAUGGAACACACCUCUACGGAACAGGGCAUUCUGAAACACAAAACACCCCUCUGACCUCCCCUCUGAGCCCCAGAGCUGUUCUACCCCAGACCCGUGCAACAAAGCCAAGGUACAACCCAUUUCAUACUGAUAAUCCAAAGAAGUCUCCCUGACCCGACCCAUUAAUGUGCGACGUGUCCACUUUUGUCGGAUGGGUUGUCGGGGGGGAGGGAUUAGAUGGGAGGGUGGAGGUAAUGAUCGGCGCUUAGUGGCAGCCUGUAACGUACCUCAGGGAUAAGGCCUUACAGAGGGGAGAACUAAUCCUGUCGCCCCCGUUGUUGUCAUCACCAUCGUCGUCAUAUUAGCUCUCUUCUCUCUGUUCCUCUUCUUUUUCUCCUUUCCCCCUCAUUUUGUGAAUGCUGUACCCUGUCCUCUGUCUUAGCUGUGCCUUGCUCCUGUAUGUGUCAGUAAGCAAAGUGGUUUACUAGCUCAAAAAAACCUUUGCCAAAGUUGAUGGGAAAGUUAAGGUAGAGUUCUUUUCUAGGUUUUAUUUAUACUAUAUAUUUGCAUACAGUACUUUACAUGCCAAUUACAGUGCAAUCUUCAUUUAUUUAUUGUUUAAAGAUUAAGAGACAAGUGUAGUUAUAUACUAAUUUUUUUCUUGUAGCAUGUUUUUUUCUUUAAGAUUUUUUUAAAUGGAUGUAUGUUAGAUUGUAUGAUUAAGGCCAGCAUUCCUUAUAUCAGUAACCCUUUAAGUAUUUCUCUUACAGCUGUUGGGAACCUGUAGCUCAUCAGUCCAUGCAAUACAGUCAUCAUUGCCGUUUCAAACAUAUAACCAAAUGUAUUUUUUAUUUGUUUGUUUCAUCUCCUGUUUCCGCCGUGCACAGGCGAGCAGCUCCUUGUAACGCUUAGAGAGACAUGUAGCAAAGCCAGGCCUUCGGGCCAGUUCAAGUCCUCUGUAUUGGGAUAAAUGUUUCUGCCUUUGGCUUUUUUUUUUUUUUGGUUUGUUUUUUUCAAAUAGUGUUAUAAUGAAGCUUCUGAUACCUUUUUAAAAAAAAAUUGUUUUAAUGCCAAAGCGCAGGCUUUUCGUGUCCACUAGAUGUCGCGUUUGCAAUUGUACAAAGGGUUCUGUGAUGUUCUUUAACAACACAGCAUUACAAUGAUUAUUAUUGUUAUUAUUACUCUCAAAAGGAAAAAAAAACAUUAACUUGAUCUGUGAUUAUGCUUCUUUUCAUAUUAUCUUUUAUUAUUUUGUUUUGUAAAGCAAAAUGUGCCAUUUUGAAAUGUGUAGCCCCUUUUUGAGGAGAGAAUUGAACUCAAACUGAUUUCACACUGAAAAGUAAAGCAAGCAAAAACAAUCAUACGAUGACUUCAGGCAGAUGUCGACAAUAAUAUUCCUUUUGUUGGGGGGGCUAGUGCUGGUAUAGCAGUAGUGAGUGUUUUGUAUCCAGUGUUUUGCUAUGAGAUGAUAUACAGAGAUAUCUAUAGAGCUAUAGAAUGAGAUGGUAAAUACAUUAUGACUAACAGAGUUGAAGCACUUUUUUUUAAUGCCGAACAUUAGACGUGAUGAGGUUAUGAGUCAGAGGAAACGGAUCAUUUGCUCCAUUCCAAACACUACUGCCAACGAUUACUGUUACAUUCAUUGGCAUUAUUCUGUCGUUGGCAUCACUGUGACGUUGGCAUUACUGGAGCGUGGUUCUGUGCUACUCCCGUGGCGCCCUGCAGAAGUCAAGCAAAACGGCACCAAGGAAAGUACCGUUCGUAUGGGUAUGGUGCCUUUACCAGAUGCCUGUUCCAUUACAACUGACAGCCGACAUGUCAGGUGUCCUGUCCUUAAGUCCCUAGUGUUACGUUUUCUACACACAGCUCGUUUGAGUUCCCUCUAUAAGCCUUAAUGCCCUGAUGGCAGAGCAGAGGUUCUUCUGUCUCUGUCAGGCCAGUGAUACUAGUGUUGCAGUAAUCACGUAGGUUUUGUGUUUGUGGGAUGGCUUCUCCCUCGGUGUGCUUUUUCUUUUUUUUUUUUUUCCUUUAGUGUUGUUCAUUUUUAAGAAACCCCAAGCCCUCAUCUACCCACCCUGCAGGUCCUGCACAUUUUGUGGCAAUGCCAAGAGUAAGAGACAAUGUUUUGCCCAACAACCCCACGUCUGUGCCUUCUGAUCAGUUUUUGUUUCUUUUUUUUUUUUUAAUGUACAUUUUGAAACUAAGUAGAGAUUUUGACUGAGAGAUUGGCAAUUUGACAAACGUUCAAAGACUCACAGGUAUUUAACUGUUUUUUAAGCGAGACAAAAAAAAGAAACAUAUUUUUACCUCACAAUUUCAAAACAAACAUUCCAAUGUUGUCAUGAUCUACGAUUUGACAAAAAGAAAAAAAAAGAAAUUCAUGCAUUUCUUCUUGUAUUGUAAAUGUUAGACAAUUUCAUAUGCAUUAUAUAAAAAGAAACUGCCAUAUCGAUUUUAAUGUAUAGAUUUUUUGCAAAUACUACCCUAUGUAUGUAAGACGUAACUGUAUCAGUAGCGUAUAUAUAUAAUAUAUUUAUGCCCAAUAAAUGUUUUAAUUUUUUUCUGA